AUGGCAUUCGCACAAGGACACAUGGCAACUGCGGAGGAGAGAACCGGUACAUUAAUUGUUCUUUCGGAAAUAUCCGAAAUCACCCGAACAUCCGGCAAUUUUCAAUUUCCUCGUUCCCUGCCAGAUCAAGAGAACCGGUACAUUCAUUGUUCUUUCGGCAAUAUCCGAAAUCACCCGAACAUCCGGCAAUUUUCCAUUUCCUCGUUCCCUUCCGGAUUUCUUUUGCAAGCCAACCUGCUACUGUCAUUUUGUCUUACUGCUGAUAUGUCUUCCAACAUUAGUACUGCUGCUGCCGCCACUGCCAACCAGGCACUCAUUGCCCUUCUCGCCAGGUUGAAUCAGAUGGUUGAAGAGGUUCUCCGGUCCCGGUCAGAAGAUGAGAGGAUGAGGUUGAGCAGAGCCAUUGCAUCUCAAAUGAAUGAUGCCAUUCACUCCUACCGGACGACAGCUACCUACAUCCCCCUUCGCCUGCUCUCUAUGGCAGCUGAGAUUCAUAGAGCUCAGGGGGGUACCACGCAAUUGGUUCAAGUACCGGAUUGGACUCGUGUUGGCAACAAUGAGGACAUUUGCCGAGGUCAUCCAUUAUACCCUAAGACAUUGGGUCCUGCUCCCACUCCACCAACCACUACCGCUGCACCAACACUGCUAUCUGGCCCUCCACCGGCACCGGUACCGGCACUUGCACCUGUAGCCAAACCUGCACCGGCACCUGCUCCUGUACCGGCACCUGCUCCUCAACCGGCACCUGCUCCUGUACCAGCACCUGCUCCACCGGCACCUGCUCCACCGGCUCCCAACACAAUCCGCAUUCCUGGCAAUACAUCUGUUCGCAUUGGCAAAGAUAAGCCCAAGGCGAAGGGAAAAGGAAAGGGAAAGGCGAAGGCGAAGGCAAGGGCAACGUCACCGGAUCGCGAUAACCGGCCAAUGAUCAACAAGAAUUUACCAACCAUUGUCAUUACCACUCGGCCAAUGCUGCCCCCUCCAGACCAGAAGAAGAAGGCCGCUGACUCGGAGGAAUACAAACCGGAGGAGGAGGAGGAGGAGGAGGAGGCGGAUGAAGACAAUGCAAUUGAGCCUUCUGGGACACGGGUCAAACCGGGCGAGGGACGAUUACCAUCCAAGUCCGGUAUAGAUCGUACCAGAACAGCCAAGGACAAGGCAAAGACCAGGGGCAAGCGUCCACAGCCGAAACCCAUUGGUACGCCUCUCCUACCAUGCAGGAGAUGCACAAUUAUGAAGGCCAAAUGCGAAAGCUGGUUGACCAAAAGGGGCGAGGUCGCCCAUACUUGCAUUCUUUGCAGCAAGUGGAGGAUGAAAUGCAUCCGGCUGGAUGAUCCGGUCCUACCGGCCACAGCCAUCGUCACUCGCUCCAAGACAACCGGAAAAACCAAGACCGUUGGGCAGUCAAAAAACAAAGGCAAAGUCGUCCAAACUCAGUGUCCCAGUCCUAUUCCGGAGGAACCGGAUGUCGAUGUUGAUAUGACCGAUGCCCCUGCACUCACCGGCACCGAACAUCCUGGCACUGCUACCGAUGCAGGCCCUGAGGUAUCUGUCGAUGAUUUUUCGACGGAUCGAUGGAUCGAAGCCGUGGAUGAAACUACCCUGCCCCCAGCACCAUUGAUAGAGACACCGGAUGACAUCCGGUACUUGCCGGACUAUCCUCAUACUCGAAGACCCGCCUCUCCUGUCGACAUUUCUGUACCUCGUCAGACUCCCCAGCCCCGUUCUUUGACCAAUGUCCAGAUGGAUGCCCUCCUGGCACAAAUUCAGAUCGACAUGGAUCAGCUCCGGACACGUGACGACAUUAUUCAUGAUGAGCUGUCCCAUCGUAUUGACUGGCUGCAAGCCAGCUUUACAAACGAAUUAGCCUCCCAGAAGGGAGUGGUAGAUCAGUUGACUUUUCAGGUCAGUGGUAUCGCCCGGUACCUCAGCAACAGCCACAGGGCCACCACAGCAGCCGGUUCAACUCCACCAGCAUUCAAUCCGCCACCCAUUGUCAUCCCCGAUACCCCCACAUUCCCUGACUUUGGCUCGAUCAGCGCCUUGGGUCGUUCCAUCACCAACAAUGUCUUCACUCUGGAUGUGUUUUUGACCAACACGCAUCCUGUCGGAGAUGGCUCACCAGUCGCAAGGCAUGAGCAGGUACCUACACCCUCCACCUCUACCAUCAACCCUGUCCCCACCAUGGGGGAAUCCGGUCCACACAGUCAUCCGGUUAGUGCACUUCCGGUACCGGCCCCUACUGUCCCAAUGGCAUCUAUGCCCUCCACUAGUACCCUUCACACCAUGCUCACUGGGCCACCACAUCUGCCGGCAGAUGGUCAGUCCCUUUCGGCUCCUUUACCAAACCGGGCAUUUGCACCUCAAUCACGGCAACAAGGUCGGUCGGUGAGUGCUAGGCAUGACAAGAACCCUUCUGGUAAUAGGGCCAAGUAA